AUGUUGCUCAAACCAUUUAUGUCCCCGAUAGGCCAUUCUAUACGCCAAACCGCAAUAAAGAGAACCACCGUGAAAGCACCAAACUGUAUCCAUCGUUCUUUCCACAAAUCUACUUGUUUCAAUUAUGCUUACAGACGGUUCAACAAUGCUCCCGCCACUCAAUACAACCUUAUAAAUCUCUUAUACAGCCGGAACACAAUAUACGCCGGCCUUGGUUUGGCAGCAUUUUACGUCUACAAUUUGGACGAAGCCCCGUUUACUGGACGUCUUAGAUGUAUCUGGAUACCAUAUUGGUUGGAGAAGAAAAUUGGCGAUUAUUCUUAUCGUCAAAUUUUAUAUCAAUACCAACAAAACAUUGUUCCCGUAAAUGAUCCGGUUUAUUCACGUAUUUCUAAUAUCAUGAACCAAUUGCUUGCUUCUGCCAUUGCCGGCUCCAAAGACCAAAAACAGAUAGAACACUUGAAGCUGCUCAAGUGGGCCAUCCAUGUGAUCAACGAUCCCAAGUCUCCACCAAACGCAUUUAUUUUACCCAACGGUAAGAUCUUCAUCUUCUCGUCUAUUCUUCGAAUAUGCCAGAACGAUGACGGUUUGGCAACUGUCCUCUCUCAUGAGCUCUCACACCAGUUAGCUCACCACUCGCUGGAACAGCUUUCCAAACAGCCAUUGUAUAUCGGGUUGCUGACUCUUUUGUAUGCGAUGACAGGUAUAACCACCUUCAACGACUUGCUUAUAAACGGGCUUCUUAGAAUGCCAUCUUCGAGGGAAAUGGAAUCGGAAGCAGACCAUAUAGGAUGCGAGCUCAUGGCCAGACUGUGCAUGAACGUUAAAGAGUCGGUGAACUUUUGGGGCAGAAUGAAUCAAUGGGAGCAGCAAACACAGGGGCCAGCACGAGAGGGAGCAGUUCAACAGUUUUUCUCGACUCACCCAAAUACUCAAAAGCGAGUUCAUGAUAUCCAGCUGUGGCUACCAGACUUGGAACACAUAAAAGAAUCAUCUGGAUGCUACGAAUACAGAAUGUUCAGUGAUGCUAGCCGAAACUUCUUCAAGCAUUAA